CCAUUCUGGUCUGUGAGCUCCCCUCCUCACAGCACAAGGAGGGACACCGAGGAAGGAGAAAGUGUGUGAGGAAGAGUGCAGGACAAACAGAAAGUAAAAGGAUGAGAGCUGAACGUCACGAGGGGAUUCUGAGUCUGGACCACUUCAGCUGCGGCAUCGGCCCAGACCAGGUUCUGAUGUGACGCUGUGGCAGCUAUUUACCACAAGACUCACCAGAAUCUACAAGUUCAUCUCAAUUUCAACUCAUCUUUUGUGGUUUUCUGGGUGCACAAUACUGAGCGUGAAUGUUUGUGCAUGAUCAGAGUGAACUCUCAGCUGAAGGGUGAGUGUGUGACCGACUUGAGCUCUGACCGAAGAUCUCAAAAAUGCGUCUCCCCUGCACUGAUUCAUCAACACAGAAAUAAGACUGUCAGAAAGUCCCCACCAACACGAGUGACACUGCAAAACCACCUGCGCCUCUGGAUAUCCUGCCACGUGUUUGGACACUGGAGGAUUAUUUGAGCAGAAGGGCAGACACAAGUUCUGGCUUUGGAGGCACCAGAGUUUUCCAGGGACUGAACAGUGUAAUAUUUCAUCUGAAGGGAUGCAAAGCAAAACUGAAAGUGGAUGAAGAGAACACAGAGAGAUGUCAUCAAGACGCUGGAAAAGGUCACAUGACUUCAUCUAAAACUCAAAACCCAGAAGUCUUAAGACAUUAAACUCCACCUCACCUGUUUUGUGCGGCUACUGGAUCUUUGAGGCCCUGGAGGUUCAAUUUUGAAGAUUUCACUGCAGUAUAUUUAUCUCCUCGCCAUCAUGGAUCCUCAGGGUGGUCCGUACCUCAACAAGAAGGCCCUCCUCUCACCUCUGGGUGCUGCCCGCCUCUGUCAACUGGCCAUGGGAUGUGCUGUGGUCGCCAUGGUAACCCACAGUGCCGGCUACAGCGGUUCACACGGCGUCUUCUGCAUGGCGGCGUGGUGCUUCUGCUUCGCCAUGUCGGUUCUGGUGUUCUUCCUGGACGCCACUCGUCUCCACGGCUACCUGCCCGUAUCCUGGGACAACCUCACGGUCACGUGUGCUGCCUUUGCGACGCUACUCUACGUGACGGCCUCUGUGGUUUACCCGCUGUUCUUUGUUAGAUCUGAGUGUCCCUACGCCGGCUGUGAUGUUCGAGAUUUCCGCAUCGCCGUCACCGUCUGCUCCAUCCUGGGUACUCUGGCCUACGGAGCUGAGGUGGUGCUGUGCCGAGCCAGGCCGGGCCAGAUCGUGGUGGGCUACAUGGCCACCGUCUCCGGCCUUCUCAAAGUGGUUCAAGGCUUCGUAGCCUGCAUCAUCUUUGGAGCUCUGGCCAACGGGAGUCAGUACUACCAAUAUGCCGCUACUAUCUUCUGUGUUGUUGUCUACGCUUUCUGCUUCACUCUGACUGCGGUGGUGGUCAUAAUGACUGUGUGCAGGCGGACCAAGGCGGUGCGCUGCAUGCCCUUUGACCGCUUUGUGGUGGUGUGCACGCUCCUGGAAGUGCUGCUCUACCUGAGUGCAUCAGUGGUGUGGCCAGUGUUCUGCUUUGACACUAAAUAUGGUUCCCCAUUUAGACCUUCGUCAUGUCCACGGGGAAAAUGUCCGUGGGACAGCAAAGUAGUCGUGGCGGUGUUCUCCUUUGUCAACUUUGGACUUUAUUUAGUGGACCUGAUCUACUCUCAGAGGAUACGAUUUGUCUCCUCACAGGUGUCCACUAACUCACGAGUUUAACACCGUUUGAAAACUUGAUGUCACAUCACUAGCUUAAAAGGUUUAACCCUCUGAACCCCAAGCAGUUUCUGGGUGUUUCUAGCUUCUGUCAUAUUUCUACUUGCUGUGGGCUCAUUUCUACUGCAAACAUGACACAGCUAUGAUUCCUUAAAAAAAGAAAGUUGAAUUUCUUGAAGUAUGCCCAGCCAGCAGGCAGAUGGGUCCCCCCACAUUAGAGCCGGGUUCUGCUUGAGGUUUUUUUCCCUGUUAAAAGGGUGUUUUCCUGCCACUGUUGCCUUAGGGCUGCUCUGGGGUUCAGGCAUAUGGGUUCUGUAAAGCGUCUCAAGACAAUUUGACUGUAAUUGGCGCUAUAUAAAUAAAAUUGAAUUGAAUUGAAUGUUUUACCAAAGCUAAAACCUGGAAUGUACAUUUCCCACAUGCGUUUAAAAAGUUGGUUCUGCACAUAAUACAUAUUGUACUAUUUUCAUUUUUGUACAGCCUGCAGUUCAGCCCAGGUCUGCACAAAAGUCCCUGAAAUUUUAGGGUUACUCACUGACUUGUUUAUUUUUGGCAUUUUUAAAGGCGACUUUCAGAAUGACACGAUUCGGAUGAUCAUCUUAAGCUUGUUAAGUUUCUAGCUCUGAUAAAUGAUAGAAUUUUAAUGAUUUGUUUUCAAACCUGCAGGCAGGUUUUGGGGUUCAGAGGGUUGAGCUAUUUUUUUGCAUCACUGUUUAUUUUAUUUGUGAAUAUAUUUGAUAUUUAAAGCCACAGAAAAGACUGAAGGGUGAAAAUGGUUAUUUAUCAAACAUCCCAUGCCCACAACAUCACUGGUGCUGCAUAUAGUCUGCUGCCUCAAAAUCUAACUGUAAGCACUGUUGAGGAAUUUCACCACGGUGUCCCCUCUGCCACACCCCACUCAGGUGGCCCCUGCCUCCCUGAGAACCAGCCUCACCCAAGCAGCCCAGGCCCACUGGUAUGUUCCAAUAAAUCCUCAUAACACAAGACACUCCCACAAUUUCUGACCCUUGGCAUAGCACAUACUUCCUGUAUAUCUGUUCAAAUAAUAGAUAAAGUCUUGAGUAUAAAUAGUAAAUCUGGCUUUGGCAUCUGUGGCAUCCCUGCCAUCUGCGAACCCCACACCAGCGAUGUACGGACUUUACCCAGGCUGCCAAAAAUAAACAUGAGCUGCCUGCGCUCAUAUUGAAGCCAUGACACAGCAUUUAUAAGAGGUUGGUGACUUUAAAAGCCUCUCUGUGAAAAGCUUCCCUCAGUCUGUAAAGUAAAGCAAAAUCAAGCUCAAAAACAAGUCUCUUUGCUGCGUUUUGUCUGAUGACCUGCAGUCUGAGUUGCCACGUUUCACGGUCAGUGUGACCGAGGAGUGUUUGCACAUUCUCACAGAAGAUGGUACAAAUGACCCGAUAUGUCACUAACAGCUAAAUGCCAAACGGGUUAGAAAUGAUCUGUGUGGUUAGAUGGCCCGUGUAAAGUGCAUUGAUGUGAUUUUUAUACUCAAAUAAACUUCGCUAAUUUACCGACUUCAA